CAGAUAAGUUGAACCCUUAUCAGUUAGCAUACAGACAACUCUUUCACUUUUUACAUAUAUUAAUUUUUUCUUUCUAGGGUUUUGAAAUUCGUCAAAAGCUGAUCACUCUCAUUUUCAUCUUUUUUCCUUUAAUAUAAUAUAAUAUAAUAUAUAUAUUUUAAAUUAUAGUUACACAAAUUUGUAUAAAUUUCAUAAAAUUAUAUUAUAGUGACAAGAAAAGAAUCAAUUUCAACUUUUUUUCCUCAUUUUUCAGAAGAAUAUUUAAGGAAGAUCCAAUCUAUCUCAAUAAAGAGGAAAAAGGAUUCUUUUUCUUUUUUUUCUCUUUGACUGGAAACAAAAAUCGAAAAAGAAAAGCUUCUCUCAAUAAUUAUUUUUAUUGCUGUGAUGUUGUAAAAGGGAAAGUAAGGGGAUUUUUGGGAGAGAAAUGUUGGCCAUGGAGAAGGAUUUUGAUUCAAAGCUUAGGGUUCAGGGAACUGAUGAUACUAACAAAGACAAUUCUUCUAAUACUGUUGCUUCUAACAAUGUUCAGAGAUCUAAAAGCUUUGCAUUUAGAGCUCCUCAAGAGAAUUUCAGUAUUCAGGAUUUUGAACUGGGUAAGAUCUACGGUGUUGGUUCUUACUCGAAGGUUGUGAGGGCAAAGAAGAAGGAUACGGGAAUGGUGUAUGCUUUGAAGAUCAUGGACAAAAAGUUCAUCACUAAGGAAAAUAAAACUGCAUAUGUAAAGCUGGAACGUAUAGUGCUUGACCAAUUGGAGCAUCCUGGUGUUGUGCGGCUCUAUUUUACAUUUCAAGAUACUUUUUCGCUAUACAUGGCACUUGAGUCCUGUGAAGGUGGAGAACUUUUUGACCAAAUAACAAGAAAAGGUCGUUUAUCAGAGGAUGAAGCUCGCUUUUAUGCUGCAGAAGUUGUAGAUGCUCUUGAAUACAUACACAAUAUGGGAUUGAUACAUCGAGAUAUUAAGCCAGAGAACUUGCUUCUUACUACAGAUGGGCAUAUUAAGAUUGCUGACUUUGGCAGCGUAAAGCCAAUGCAGAAUAGCCAAAUUACAGUCCUUCCUAAUGCAUCCUCAGAUGAUAAGGCAUGCACAUUUGUGGGGACUGCUGCAUAUGUUCCUCCUGAAGUUCUAAAUUCUUCUCCAGCUACUUUCGGAAAUGACCUCUGGGCACUUGGCUGCACCUUGUACCAAAUGCUUUCAGGGACUUCUCCUUUUAAAGAUGCAAGUGAAUGGCUAAUAUUUCAAAGAAUCAUAGCCCGAGAUAUAAGAUUUCCAAAUUAUUUUUCUGAAGAAGCUAGAGACCUUAUUGAUCGCUUAUUGGAUCUAGAUCCCAGUAAACGACCAGGUGCUGGACCUGAUGGUUAUGCCACGCUCAAGAUGCAUCCUUUCUUUAGGGGAAUUGAUUGGAGUAGUUUGAGAGCACAAACCCCUCCAAAGCUUGCUUUAGAGACAGGGGCUCAAUCAAGUGAUGGCGAUGAUUAUAAUGAUUCUUCAUGGAAUCCUACGCACAUUGGAGAUGGUUCUGCCAGGCAGAGUGAUGGAAUCGUCAGUUCCUCAUCAUCAGCUGAAUCUUCUGGUCAUAUAACUAGACUUGCCUCAAUUGAUUCCUUCGACUCAAAAUGGCAACAAUUUUUGGAUCCGGGAGAAUCUGUUCUUAUGAUCUCAAUGGUGAAGAAGCUACAAAAGUUAUCAAGCAAGAAGGUGCAGCUUAUCCUCACCGACAAACCAAAAUUGAUCUAUGUUGAUCCUUCAAAACUGGUCGUGAAAGGGAACAUUAUUUGGUCCAACAAUUCUAAUGACCUCAGCGUCCAGGUCACAAGUCCAUCGCACUUCAAGAUUUGCACAGGACUGUUCUAUGGUUGAUCAAAAUAUUAUAUAGUUAUCAUAGCCAAAAAAGGUACUAUCAUUUGAUGAUGCGAAACAAAGAGCAUGGCAGUGGAAAAAAGUGAUCGAAGGGCUUCAAAACCGGUGAAGGGAUUCUAUUUGAUGGACAUCACAUGGGAAACUAUUAAACAAUGGACAUCCGGAAGCUAUUUGUUAUUCAGCUGUCCGCUGGUAGUUCAUUGUAAGCUUUCAUUCCAUGUUUCGUAGAAUUGUUGUGAUGAAGACUUUUAUACCUGUUUCAAGCAUGUAAAAUCUGAAAUACAGUUUUUAAGUGAAAAAAACAGAGUGGGGAAGAGGAAGGGGUUUUGCUGUCAAUUAUAUGUUAUUCAAAGGAUGUCACCAUCAGCCAUUAAUGAAAAUUUCUUUUCGUGAUUUA